AUGGCUCUGAACCUGAGCGAGUCGAGACGGCUUGCUUCUCGCAGGAAUAUCUCGCAACCUACCCCGCCAAGAUUGGCUCCCCUCCCAGACAAUGCGCAUGGAGGGAGUCUCAGAUAUCACCUCCAGCAACAGCGAAAGAUCUCGCGGACGGUGUCGCCUAAACCUGACAGGUCGCCGAGGGUCGGGAUUGGGAGGGUUUUCACACCUUUGCAGCCUGCGUUUGAUCCCGGGACAAGCUAUCGCUACCAUUUCUCCACUUCCACUCUCGCCAGAGCCCAAAAGGCCAAAGAGUACCUGGACCUGAUGGCACAAUAUCGCCGAGUGCUCGAGUUGGUACCCCAGCUAGAGCCCGAGGCGACAGCGAGGCCAUGGUCUGCGACGCACCCGGCCACGCCGAACAGCUCGGGCUCGGUGUCUCGGACGACGACCAACGAGUCAGAAGCAAAGAUUGGGCGACCUUAUAACCCGCUCCAAUACAUACGGAACCGGAAAGUGCGAGCCCGCGAGAGACGGACUAUUGACGGUGAGGAGCAGGGCUUCACCGAUGUUAUGAAGGUGUCUGAGUGGGUCGACGAGGUGGCCAAGUGGGUGGCCACCGGGCAAGCUCGCCAACCCGGGAACCCUAAUCUGCCUCCGUUCACGACUGCGCAGGCGGCUGAGUUGCAAGCUUCUCCGCCACCGGCGAACGUGAGAGCGGCAGCCGCGACGAAGCCUAAGCGGCCCCGGGUUGACUGGGUAAUUGACCCGGCAGACAUGCUGGCAGACGUACACUGGCUUGAGCUUGAUGACAACAAGAGGCUGGUGGAAGACCGCCACUGGAGGCGCGUCUUUCCCCAAGGGCCCGAGGCACCCAGGCCCAUGUCCCGCGACGAGGCGGCCCGUCUAACAACUCCCGGUUCGGCUAAGGUUUCGCUAGAAGCCCACACCCCCGGCGAGAAGGCGACCCCGGAACCGCCAGCGAAGCAUGACCACGAACAUGUACUUAUGGCAGCGAGGGACCGGGCCCAGCAGAAAUUCCGCGCGCUCAAAGGCUCACAUCACCGGCAUACCAGCUCAUUCACCAACCGUGACUUGCUCCGCCUCCAUCGGGGUUCGGCAUCUGAGUCGUCUGAUACUGACAGCGAUCGCCGACGGCGGGCGAAGAGCGGCAUUCCUCCCAAUACCGUUCGGUCCGUUCUGGAAAAGCAGAUGGAGGAAAUGAUUGCUCGUGAGCAGUUGGAGGCCGAAUCACACCCGCUUUACGAUCAUGAGGCGAAACGUAUGAAGUUCGCACCGAUGACCCCAGAUCGAGAUCCGAGCGCGAGUGGACACCACCCUGCAGACUCCCGCGCAGAAUUGAGCGAUACUGAAACUAAGGGUGCCGGACUGAGGCCGCACCCGUUGGUGAGGUCACCGCCAUCACACGCCGGGCGAGCUAGCUUGGAAGUCCCAACGAGCAGACGCUUCUCGGUUGACGACGAUACGUCGCAGCCAAACUCCCCGAACUUGCGGCCGACCCCUGAAGUCGGCUUGGUGCCGGCGCUCGGCAUGGACCUGUCGCCCAUGUCCAGUAGGGCAGGAUCGCCGCACCGUAACCCACUGACGAGGGUCAAAGGCAUUUUCCGUGAACGCAGCAAGGAACGCAACACGGAUGCCCACCAUUUGGGGGAGGACGGGGGGACUCUGAACCCCCAAGACCACUGGACCGGAACGCCGGAGCCGACUGGGAGCGGCGUCUCGUCACCACAGCGGAGGCCCUCGAGGAGUCCGAUCGGCGAGCGGAUACUGGGCCACCGGUCGCAUAAAAGCCUCAGCAGCGCCAAGCUGCGCGGGGAAGAUGGCGGGAUAAGCUUCCGGUCGCUACUCCGCGGCCCGCGCAUCGAUACCGUGCUGCGCAGCGGCGUUUCUAAGGUCAGCGAUAUGAUAUGGCGGAAAGACGGCGAUGACUCCUCCGGCACCUCGUCCGACGACUCUGAGGUUGAGGCCAGGGGCAGAUCGCGCGGGCCUCGACAUGGCCGUAGCCGCUCAGCGCAGGACGUAAAGACCUUGCUCGACGCUCCGCUGCUACAAAACUACGAAUCUACUUCUCAGACCCAGCUUCAGCACCCGUCGGUACGGCCCAUCAGCCGACGAUCUUCGCGGUUCGACUUGCUCAAGCCGCCGAGGAUUGAUGUGCAGAACGCGUCCCCAAGUACCUCGCCGCCCCCAGUCCAGGUACGCAACCAAGCGCCUGUCGGGUCGGACACGGAGUCGCAAGCCGGGCCGGACGACACCCGCGCCGCCUCCAUCCGCCUCGACGCGGCGCUCGCACUCCCUCACCGUUCCACCAUACCCGCCAACCGGCAGUGGUCGAUCGCCGAUCGUAGCAUAGCUUCCGGCUCGACCGCCGUCUCCAAGCGCGAAAUCGCCCGCCUCCGCACUCUCCUCCUUAGCUCGGGCAUCCACGCCAUGGAAAUGGACCGCCGCGCCAAAGCGCGCAAGCUCCUCCCAUCACCAGCCAUUGCCCCAACCACAACCACCACCACCGCCACCGCCACCGACCCCUCCUCAUCCCUCACCUGGCCCGAAAUCGCCCGCCUCGCGCCCGACGCCGCCACCGAGCAGCGGCUGCUGACCACCCCGCUGGCACAGGUCGAAGCGUACCCGAUCGCGGCGCGCACGCUCGCGGCGUCGACCCAGGCGUCCACCUCCCAUCUGCACACGCUCUCGUCGCGCUUCGUGUCGGACACGGCGCCCGCCCUCCUCCGCCGCGUCGAGUCGCUGCGCGGCAAGGUCGCCCACGAGCUGACCGACCUCGCGCAGUCGGCCAUCGACGCCGCGGAUGAGGCGAACCAUGACCUGGUGGUGGGUCAAAGGUUGAAGGUCAAGCAUGUGUUGGAUGCGAUGGAUAAGAUGUUGCGGAGGAGGCGGAGGCGGUUUAGGUGGAUUCGGCGGGUCGGGUGGCUGGUGGUGGAGUGGGUGUUGGUUGGGUGCAUGUGGUAUGUGUGGUUUUUGGUCAUGAUUGCGAGGGUUGGGUUGGGGGUUGGGAAGGGCGCUGUGAGGGGGGUGAAGUGGUUGUUGUGGUUGUAG